AUAGAUAAAUCAGAGCUUGAUGCUUUACCGAAAGAUGACAUACUGACUUCCUUAUUAGCAACAACAGUAAUGGUUAACAUUUAUCUAAAAGAAAUAAAAAAUUAUACUGGAUAUGUGACAGAUCUGAUAGACGAUAGUUGUAAAAGUGACGAACUAAAUAAUAACUCGAAUAAUGUGAAAGGUGAUAGGUUGUGCGAUAAUGAAGAGAUAACUGAGUACAUCAAUUUACAUGAUCCUAUUGAGAGUGCUUCUGAGUUAAGAAGUUCAGGCAUGAUAUACAUAUACGAUAUUCCUAUUUCUGAAAGAAAUCGCACCUUAAAAUUACUUGAAAAAAUGUUACAAGAGUCAUUUGAAAAUAAAAGGUCAGUAGUUGGUUAUGAUACCCAAGGCAAUGAUAUUGAAAUGUUGAUUGAUCAAGAGGAUUUUGAUGAUGAUAAUUUGAAUCCUCUAAAUCUAUAUAUGAUUAUGGGUUCUGGACUACACGAUACCCAUGAUAAUUAUGAAAGUCAAGUUCAACCUUCACGUGAAGAAGAUGAUGAUUUAAUUCAGAAAUGGCAAGAAACUAUAACAUUGAGAAAACAAGUGGAACAAUUGACUGAAGAUCAAAAACAUAAAAAAGACAAUAU